AGAGGCGGGACUAGGCACGGCCAGAGCGGCGCCCCUAUUGGCUACAGACCACGGCGCGGACGGAAGUGCGCGUGCGCACAGGCGAGGCGCGCCCCCGGCGGCCGUUGAAAAAUGGCGACUGUCGCCGAGUUGAAGGCCGUUUUAAAGGACACUUUGGAAAAAAGAGGAGUAUUAGGGCAUUUAAAAGCAAGGAUUCGUGCGGAAGUUUUCAAUGCCCUUGAUGAUGAAAGUGAACCUCGGCCAUCAUUGUCUCAUGAAAACUUUCUAAUUAAUGAACUAAUUCGGGAGUAUUUGGAAUUCAACAAAUACAAGUAUACAGCGUCGGUCCUCAUAGCAGAAUCUGGUCAACCUGUAGUUCCACUGGACAGACAGUUUCUCAUCCAUGAACUAAAUGCAUUUGAAGAUUCAAAGGAUAAUACAAUACCUCUUUUAUAUGGGAUUUUAGCUCAUUUCUUGCAUGGAACUAAGGAUGACAACCAAAAGACAUUUCUGAAAGGAUCUUCAUUCCAGCCUCCAAACCCAAAUCUUGGCAGACAACGUAGUGGAAGAAAGCAAAUGGAAGACCACUUGCGGAAGGAGCAGGGGAGGGGCACUGAUACUGAAAACCUGCACACUUCUCCCUCGGUGAAGAGAUGACACUUCCAACUGGGGCAUCUUUUAUCUUAAACUUGUAUGUAUUAAAUAACUUAUUUAUUCGCCCAAUGUUACCAGAAUUCAUCGCUAGUAUUGUACUAUGUAAAAACAUGAAGUUUCUACAAAACCUUUAGCCCGUCAUGUUUUACUGCAUUUGUGAAUAAAAGCUAACUCUGUCGUCUAGUUUACCAGAUUUGACUUGAAAGAAAAUGUGUGGUUUUUAGGACGAUUUUGAAGGUCCCUAAAUCUGUGAGAAGUGAAAGGGGUUUUUUUUGUACCCUAUAAAUUCUUCUAAAGAAAAAAAAUCAAGCAUUUCUAGCCACAUGCUCUGUUCUGUUUUUGGCUGUGCUUCGCGGCUUGUGGAAUCUUAGUUCCCUGACCACGGAUUGAACCUGGGCCCUGGCGCUGAAAGUGCUGAGUCCUAACCACUGUACCUCCAGGGAGUUCCCUGCUCUGUUCUUCACCAUGGCACAUUAAUUAAAUUUCUUUCAGGCUGUAAUAAUGUGGAUUUACAGGAAAAUGCAUUCAUUAAAAAAAAAAAACACACAUUUAAAAGAACACUAAAGCCAGAAAAAACUAAUUCCUAUAAAGUUUGAUUUGGGGUGGGGGGGCGUGAAACUAGCUAUUUUUUAGAUAACCAUUUAUAAUUAGGUUUAAAUAUCUGAAUUACUGUCUAAAAUUUAACUUUAAAACUUGGUAACAAUGUACUUUUUAUUUUCUUAAACAAUUUUGGCUUCUCCUAGAAGAUUUAAUUAAAAGGUGGGGGUGGGGGAUAAUUCUUUUAAUUUUGCUGUAAGUAAAACAAAGAGUUUAUUACUUGAAGAAUGUGGAAUAAGCAUGAUGAGACAGGCUUUAGGAGAAAUACCAGAAAGUACCUUUUAAAAGAUGGCAUUGUUUAUCUUCCUUGUGGCCCUCAGUUGUGCAGUUACCAGAUGAGCUCUGAAAGGGCCAACCCUCACUUGCAUGGGCUCUGAAAGCCUUCUUAAAUGUCAUGUUUUAUUCCUGGGAUAGAAAAGUAGUAAGAUUUCUUAUAGUGCCAUCUCUAAAAUGCUUUGAUAUUUAUUGACAUUUUUAUAAUGUGGAGUCUUUAGGCUGGCUUCACUGAAGCAGCAGAUGAGUAUAGUAGACAGAACCUGAUUGGCACAAGAUACAAGGUAUAUUCAGAACAAAACUGCAUGGGCACCUAUACACUGACAACAUUUAGCUUAAACAUUUUCCAUAGGGAGGGUGAUAAGGAAGGACUAGCUGGCAAAAUUGGCCUUCUUUUUGGGGUGUUGAUUCUGUGCUGCUUUUGGAAAUUACCAAACCUUUAUUUCUGGUGCUAGUCAAGUUUUCGGUGUAAGGAGUUCAAUCCUUACAGAUUAACCAAGAAUUUUUAUCUUAAUGCUGAAAACUAUUAAAGAAAUUCCCUUAAAUCAUACUUUACAAGUCAAAAGAUUUUUGAGAGGCCCUAUUAGUGAGCUAAAAUUAUAUAUACAGAUGUAGAAAUAUUAUAAAGGGCUCAUUUCCAUUUUUUAAAUGAAAUCUAUAGUACCUGAUUACAAUGAUGAAUUCCACUGUAUUGUAUAGAGGAAUGUAACUAUCUAAAUUUUUCUCAGAGGAUUUGGUUUAUACCCAGGAAUGUUGGCAGUGGACACUGUUUACCUCAGGAAUUGCAAUCAUGCAGGACUAGAUUAAGAAAAAGUGCUAGAGUUUGUCAUUUUGGAUACGAUAUGAAAUCAUAAAAAUAGAAGCUAAACAGAAUUGUCACAUGUAGUCCAUAUUGUGUCUGUAUGCAUUAUUCUGUAAUUUGUUUGUACCUAGGCAACUUUUAUACUUUCAGUGUACCAUUUAAUAAAAAAAAAAGGCGUGCAAAA